AUGACGGACGAUUUGCUUUUCGCCCACUUUCGCGCUGGUAUCCUUGACGACCAUUUGCGACGUAAGCUCAUCAAGCGGAAAUCCCUGCCCUCCACCGAACUUUUGUCUCUUGUCCAGGACUACGAGGACCGUUAUGGCCCUUCGCUUACCUCUCGCUGCUUUGCGGCUUCCUUUGCCCAGAGUUCAGAGUCUCGUUCUGUCGCGACUAGGUCAGUGGCAGCACAGACCUAUCGGAAUUUCACUCACCCACCCUGGGGUCGUCAGGCUUCGGUUUCCCAAAUUUCA